AGAGAGAGUAGAGAGAGAGCAUUCCCUCACAACACAAGCCAACCCCCUUCCUCUUCUCUCUCUCUCUCUCUCUCUUCACUUUUUCUCUCACUCUGUGUUCUUCCAUGGACUGAAAAACCAUGGACUCUGAGUUGAAUCACAAAGCAAUGGCGACUAGGGCUUCGACUUCUUCCGAUUCCACCUCCGUGACCUGGUCUGACUCAGCGGCAGCGGCGGCGGAGGAGGAGGAGGAGGAUUGCGGCUGCGAGAAUUCGGAAUGCGGUGGCGACGCGAUGAUUAAGAAUGAGUUGGAAGCGGCGGAGGCUUUAACCUCCCUAGCGCAUUCGACUCGGUGCUCGAACCAACGGGCGGGCCCGAGUCAGCGAGUCAAAACCGAGUCGACCACCGUCGACGCGGUGGCGAACCUUGAAUUAUCGUUACGUUUGUCUUCAGAUCCCCCGGAGGAUCAAGCAGCAGUUGCUCAGCAGCAAUGUGAAAAUAUAUGCACUGUAAUGAUGGAAGGGGCAAAAGUUGAGCAGGAUGCUGAAUUACCUGAACCAAGUCCUAAGUGCUCCACAAGUUAUGCAUCUUUUUGUGGCAGCAAGUCAAGAAAAAAGUUGACUGAGGCUGAAAAGGAAGAAAAGAGAAUACGCAGGGUUCUAGCGAACAGAGAGUCAGCUAGGCAGACUAUUCGUCGUAGACAGGCUAAUCAUGCGGAGUUGACAAGAAAAGCUGCCAGUCUAACUCUGGAGAAUCUGAAUUUGAAACAGGAAAAGGAGUUGGCUGUGAGUGAGUACGAACAUUUAAGGAGCAGAAAUGAAUACUUAAAGGCACAGAUGGCUAUGACGGAGGGUGAGGUAGAGGAAACUAAAAUAGAUUCAAAGUCGACCAACGCCGAUAUAUCUACUCCUCUAUGUCCAUAUUUCAUAUAUAAUCAACCCCCAUAUACACCAUUUCUCUGGCCUGCUAUCAUUCAACCUUCAAAUCCCGUACAAAUAAAAAAUGGGUCUCAAAAUUCCAUUAUUGUUCCGUCAGAUGUUCCCAUGCCAGCCAUUGCCAAACCCAAUUCAUUUCAGGAACAAGAAAAUCCCCAAAAUAUUAACAGUCCAGGAACUCCCUUGUUCAUCAUGCCAUGCCCUUGGUUCUUCCCUUUUCCUGAUCAUGGGAACGGACUUCAAUCUAGGCCAUCCUUCGAUCUCAACGAUGAACAAAAUGGAACUUUGAUGAAUAACCAAGGUAGUGCUAAUUCAUCUUCUAUUGCACAUGCUGAGAAACACCAUCAUUCGUUGCCUAUAAAUGUUAAAACUGAAGCGUCUGGUUCAACAGAAGCCAUGCCUGCUAACGUAGUGGUUUCUUCAACUGUUAGUCAUACUGUAACUGUAUUGUCAGAGUUGAAACAAGAUCUAAUAGUCUGCUCAAGUAAAAAAAACAUGGAUGCGGUUGCAGCAGCAGCAGAGGCCAGGAAGAAAAGGAAGGAACUCACGAAGCUAAAGAACCUUCACUGCCGUCAGUUUCGUAUGCGCUGUUAGCUUUUGAAGCCGCAAUUUGGUUUGUAAACCCAGAUUUCCCCUGAUGUUGCCUGUGCCUGCAAUUUGCUGGAUCAAAAUCUUUAAAUAACCAUGAAGGCCUUGGCAGGACCGUGAACCAGUUCCCAGGUGGGUUUUUACAUUUUGAAGCGUUACUCAAGCUGAUGGGCUUUUUGUGUUUCUUAUAGGAUAUUGUAGGGAUGGUUGGUUACUGGAAAUCUUAGUGUAAUGUACAUAUUGUCUGUAUGAUAUAAUCAGAGUUUUGAGAGUCUAAUAGGCCUAAUAACAAUUGGGAAAACUACAUGCAGGUGGGAGUAGGGGAAAAACUUACCAACACAGGACUUACACCCCAACAGUAUUUCAUUUACACCCCAUCACAGACACACUUGCACCUCUCAUGUGUUAGUAAUUUUAUUCCCCUUCUCCCUUCUCCCUUCUCCCACCUGUACGUAGUUUUCCCAUAAUAAUUUUGUUUUUAAGAGAAUGUUUCUAUUUUUUGAGAAGUUAUUCUAUACAAGAAUGGUUAAAUUUUCCAGUUUUGCUAGCUUUGUCUUAGAAAAGGGUGACAUGUUGAAGCCUUGGAUUUGGAAUUGGAGAUUAUAAUCAGUCGAAAAUCUGAACUGAGAUGGCUUUGAAUUCUAUUUCCAAGGCUUUGGAGGCUUCGGAUUUCGCUUUUCAUGGUUGCCAAAUAUGCUCUCAAUGAAUUUGAACAUAUUCUUAGAACCAUUGAGUUUGGAUAUAAUCUAUUACUCUGACUUGAGCUGAA